AUGGAUCUGCUAGAAUUUGUACUAACCACAACAUAUUUCACAUUCCGAGGCAACAUCUACCAGCAACGCUUUGGAACUGCUAUGGGGAGUCCAGUGUCGCCUAUUGUCGCCAAUCUGUUCAUGGAACAUCUAGAACAACACGCAAUAGCCACUGCCCCCAUAGAUUGCAAGCCAAGCCUAUGGAAACGAUAUGUCGAUGACAUUUUAGAAAUAAUCAAGAAGGGAUCACAGAGAGAUCUAACUAACCACAUAAACACUAUUGACACCACUAACAACAUCAAGUUUACAUAUGAGGAAGAAACCAAUUGCGGAAUGCCCUUCCUAGACACACUUAUAGCCAGAAGAGAAGACGGAACAGUGAAGUUAUUGGUCUACAGGAAAAAGACUCACACAGACCAAUACCUCAACUUUAAAUCCCACCACCCUUUACAUCAGAAGUUAGGGGUCGGACGCACGUUGCUCAAUCGAUGUGAGACAAUAGUCACAGAACAACAGGACAAAAUUCAAGAGCAGAGCCACAUCAUGAAAAAUUGUGGAUAUCCGGAAUGGGCCCUUAAACGGGCACAAAAACAGUGUCAAAAUAAAGGAAAAAACAGAAAAAGACCUAUGAAAGAUCAAAACAAAACAAAAAUCCAGGUGGUCAUCCCAUAUAUAAAGGGUAUAUCUGAAACCAUCCAAAGGAUAUACCGCAACCAUGGCAUAGCAACAGCCAUGAAGCCCCACAAGACGCUUCGAAAUAUCCUAGUCCACCCUAAGGAUAAGAUAACCAAAGAGAAUGUCGCAGAAUGCAUAUACAAGAUCGGGUGCAAAAACUGUGACGCGUCAUAUAUUGGAGAGACUGGAAGGCGAUUCGGGGUUCGCCUUGGGAAGCACCGGAAAGAUACCGAAAGACAAGAGGAAAAGAAGUUCACCCGAUCAGAGAGGAAGCAGUCGGAGUCCCAGAUAAACAAAUCGGCAAUCACUGACCAUGCCAUGCAGGAAAACCAUGUGAUUGCCUGGGAAAACUCAAAGGUGCUCGAUAGUGAGAACCAUCUUCUGAAGCGACAGAUCAAAGAAGCCAUCUGGAUACGCCGCAGCGGGGCAGUUCUGAACCGAGAUGAGGGGGCUCAUAGACUCUCGCACAUCUAUGACCAGGUAAUAAAAUAA